CGCCUCCAGGAAGCCGGCGGGGCAGGUCGGGGAAGAGAGAAAAGAACCGAGAAACUCUCGGGCAGCCCGGGAAGAUGGCGCCAGACGGGCCGGCCGUGGACUGAGAGCCGCCGGGGCCGCGAGGAGCCGCGACCCGCCGCCCCCGGGACACGAGCGAGGGCCGCCCGCUGGCCACGGGGUCCGGGCUCGGCCCGGCCCGCGGGGGUCAUGUCGGUCAGCGAGCUCUACAGCCAGUACACAAGGGUCUGGAUCCCUGACCCCGAUGAAGUGUGGCGCUCAGCUGAAUUAACCAAGGACUACAAGGAGGGUGAGAAGAGCCUCCAGCUCCAACUGGAAGAUGAAACUAUUCGGGAAUACCCCAUUGAUGUCCAAAGCAACCAGCUUCCCUUCCUGCGGAAUCCAGAUAUCCUGGUGGGAGAAAAUGACCUAACUGCCCUUAGCUAUCUACAUGAGCCUGCAGUUUUGCAUAACUUAAAGGUCCGUUUCCUGGAGUCCAACCAUAUCUACACUUACUGUGGGAUCGUGCUUGUUGCCAUUAAUCCUUACGAACAGCUGCCAAUCUAUGGCCAAGAUGUCAUCUAUGCCUACAGUGGCCAAAACAUGGGGGAUAUGGACCCUCACAUCUUCGCUGUGGCCGAGGAAGCCUACAAGCAGAUGGCCAGAGACGAGAAGAACCAGUCCAUCAUAGUCAGCGGGGAGUCUGGAGCCGGCAAGACCGUGUCGGCCAAGUACGCCAUGCGCUAUUUUGCCGCGGUUAGUGGCUCGGCCAGUGACACCAACAUCGAAGAGAAGGUCCUGGCGUCCAGUCCCAUCAUGGAGGCCAUUGGGAAUGCUAAAACCACUCGCAAUGACAACAGUAGCCGUUUCGGAAAGUACAUUCAGAUUGGCUUUGACAAGAGGUACCGCAUCAUUGGGGCCAACAUGAGGACCUACCUUUUGGAGAAGUCCAGAGUGGUCUUUCAGGCAGAUGAUGAGAGGAAUUACCACAUCUUUUACCAGCUCUGUGCGGCUGCCAAUCUUCCGGAAUUUAAAGAGCUCGCACUAACCCGUGCCGAGGACUUCUUCUAUACGUCACAGGGAGGAGACACGUCCAUCGAGGGUGUAGAUGACGCUGAGGACUUUGAGAAGACGCGACAAGCCUUCACGCUCCUUGGAGUGAGAGAGUCCCAUCAGAUAAACAUUUUUAAGAUAAUUGCUUCCAUCCUACACCUUGGAAAUGUGGAGAUUCAAGCCGAGCGCGAUGGUGAAUCCUGUAGUAUAUCACCCAAGGAUGAACACCUGAGCAACUUCUGCCAGCUGCUGGGGGUGGAGCACAGUCAGAUGGAGCAUUGGCUGUGCCAUCGCAAGCUGGUCACCACCUCGGAGACCUACGUCAAGACCAUGUCCCUGCAGCAGGUGGUCAACGCACGCAACGCCCUGGCCAAGCACAUCUACGCCCAGCUGUUUGGCUGGAUCGUGGGGCAUGUCAACAAGGCCCUGCACACCUCGCUCAAGCAGCACUCCUUCAUCGGGGUCCUGGACAUCUACGGGUUUGAGACAUUUGACGUGAACAGCUUUGAGCAGUUUUGUAUCAACUAUGCGAAUGAGAAGCUCCAGCAACAGUUCAACUUGCAUGUAUUCAAGUUGGAGCAAGAGGAAUACAUGAAGGAGCAGAUCCCUUGGACCUUGAUUGAUUUUUAUGAUAACCAACCUUGUAUUGACCUCAUAGAAGCUAAGCUGGGCAUCUUGGACCUGUUGGAUGAAGAAUGUAAGGUCCCCAAAGGAACUGACCAGAACUGGGCUCAGAAGCUCUACGACCGGCACUCCGGCAGCCAGCACUUCCAGAAACCCCGCAUGUCCAACACGGCCUUCAUUGUCGUCCACUUUGCAGAUAAGGUGGAGUACCUUUCAGAUAGUUUUCUGGAGAAAAACAGAGACACGGUGUACGAAGAGCAGAUCAACAUUCUGAAGGCCAGCAAGCUCCCCCUGGUGGCUGACUUGUUCCACGAUGGCAAAGACUCUGCUCCUGCUGCCGCCACAUCUUCAAAGAUCAGCGUUCGCUCUGCCAGACCCCCUCUGAAAGCCUCCAACAAGGAGCACAAGAAAACCGUGGGCCACCAGUUCCGCACCUCCCUGCACCUGCUCAUGGAGACCCUGAACACCACAACGCCGCACUACGUCCGCUGCAUCAAGCCCAACGACGAGAAGCUCCCCUUCCGCUUUGACCCGAAGAGAGCAGUGCAGCAGCUCCGAGCGUGCGGGGUGUUGGAGACCAUUCGGAUCAGCGCGGCUGGCUACCCGUCCAGGUGGGCCUACCAUGACUUCUACAACCGGUAUCGGGUGCUGGUCAAGAAGAAAGAGCUAGCCAACACAGACAAAAAGGCCAUCUGCAAGUCCGUGCUGGAGAGCCUCAUUAAGGAUCCUGACAAGUUCCAGUUUGGCCGCACCAAGAUCUUCUUCCGGGCAGGCCAGGUGGCCUACCUGGAGAAGCUUCGGGCUGACAAGUUCCGGGCAGCCACCAUCAUGAUCCAGAAAACCGUCCGGGGCUGGCUGCAGAAGGUGAAAUACCGCAGGUUGAAGGCAGCUACCUUAACUCUGCAGAGGUACUGCCGAGGACACCUGGCCCGCAGGCUGGCCGAGCAUCUGCGGAGGACCCGGGCGGCCGUGGUGCUCCAGAAGCAGUACCGCAUGCGGAGGGCUCACCAGGCCUACCAGAGGGUCCGCAGGGCCACCGUCGUCAUCCAGGCCUUCGCUCGGGGCAUGUUUGUACGGAGAAUCUACCACCAGGUCCUCAGGGAGCACAAGGCCACCAUCAUCCAGAAGCACGUGCGGAGCUGGCUGGCUCGCAGGUGCUUCCAGCGGCUUCGGGGCGCGGCCAUUGUCAUCCAGUGUGGCUUCCGGAGGCUCAAGGCCAAGCGGGAGCUGAAGGCCCUCAAGAUUGAGGCCCGCUCAGCAGAGCACCUAAAACGCCUCAACGUGGGCAUGGAGAACAAGGUGGUCCAGCUGCAGCGGAAGAUCGACGACCAGAACAAAGAGUUCAAGAUGCUGUCGGAGCAGCUGUCAGCCAUCACCUCCACACACGCCACGGAGGUAGAGAAGCUGAAGGAGGAGCUGGCCUGCUACCAGCAGAGCCAGGGUGGGGACAGCAGCCCGCAGCUGCAGGAGGAGGUCGAGAGCCUGCGGACAGAACUGCAGAGGGCCCACUCGGAGCGUAAGGUCCUGGAGGACGCCCACACCCGGGAGAAGGACGAGCUGAGAAAGCGAGUUGCCGACCUGGAGCAAGAAAAUGCCCUCCUGAAAGAUGAGAAGGCACAGCUUAACAACCAAAUCCUGUGCCAAUCUAAAGAUGAACUUGCCCAGACCUCCGUCGAGGAAAACCUCCUGAUGAAGAAGGAGCUGGAGGAGGAACGCUCCCGGUACCAGAACCUCGUGAAGGAAUAUUCCCGGCUGGAGCAGAGAUACGACAACCUCCGGGACGAGAUGACCAUCAUAAAGCAAACCCCAGGCCACAGGCGGAACCCAUCAAACCAGAGUAGCUUAGAAUCUGACUCUAAUUACCCCUCCAUCUCGACAUCUGAGGUCGGAGACGCAGAAGAUGCCCUCCAACAGGUGGAGGAAAUUGGCCUGGAGAAGGCGGCCAUGGACCUGACAGUGUUCCUGAAGCUGCAGAAGAGGGUGCGAGAGCUUGAGCAGGAGAGGAAGAAACUGCAGGUGCAACUGGAGAAGAAAGAACAGCAGGACAGCAAGAAAAUCCCGGCGGAACUGCCAAGCAGUGACUUAGAUGUGGACCAGGAUGCAGAUCUAGCCUACAAUAGUCUGAAGAGGCAGGAGCUGGAGUCGGAGAACAAGAAGCUGAAGAAUGAGCUGAACGAGCUGAGGAAAGCCGUGGCCGACCAAGCCUCAGAGCACAGCGCCGCCCACGGCAUCCCUGACAGCUACUGCCUCCUGCUGAACCAGCUCAAGCUGGCCCACGAGGAGCUGGAGGUGCGCAAGGAGGAGGUGCUCAUCCUGAGGACCCAGAUCGUGAGCGCCGACCAGCGCCGCCUGGCUGGCAAGGGCUCGGAGCCAAACAUCAAUGCCAGGACGAGUUGGCCUAACAGUGAAAAGCACGUGGAUCAGGAAGACGCCAUCGAGGCCUAUCACGGGGUCUGCCAGACGAACAGCAAGACUGAGGAUUGGGGAUACUUGAAUGAAGAUGGAGAGCUCGGCUUGGCCUACCAAGGCCUAAAGCAAGUUGCCAGGUUGCUGGAGGCCCAGCUGCAGGCUCAGAGCCGUGAGCACGGGGAGGAGGUGGAGGGUCUCAAGGCCCAGGUGCAAGCCCUGAAGGAGGAGAUGGACGAGCAGCAGCAGACCUUCUGCCAGACGCUACUGCUGUCCCCAGAGGCCCAGCUGGAAUUCGGCAUCCAGCAGGAGCUGUCCCGGCUGACCAAUGAGAACCUGGACCUUAAAGAACUGGUGGAAAAGCUGGAGAAGAACGAGAAGAAGCUCAAAAAGCAACUGAAGAUUUACAUGAAGAAAGUCCAGGACCUGGAAGCUGCCCAGGCACUGGCCCAGAGUGAGAGGAGGCGCCACGAGCUCACCAGGCAGGUCACCGUGCAGCGGAAAGAGAAGGACUUCCAGGGCAUGCUGGAGUACCACAAGGAGGACGAGGCCCUGCUCAUUCGGAAUCUGGUGACAGACCUGAAGCCCCAGGCGCUGGCGGGCACCGUGCCUUGCCUCCCUGCCUACAUCCUCUACAUGUGCAUCAGGCACGCGGACUACGUGAACGACGACCUCAAGGUGCACUCCCUGCUGACCUCCACCAUCAACGGCAUUAAGAAGGUCCUCAAGAAGCACAAUGAUGACUUUGAGAUGACAUCAUUCUGGUUGUCCAAUACCUGCCGCCUCCUGCAUUGCUUGAAGCAGUACAGCGGGGAUGAGGGCUUCAUGACUCAGAAUACGGCGAAGCAGAAUGAGCACUGUCUUAAGAAUUUUGACCUCACUGAAUACCGCCAGGUGCUGAGCGACCUUUCCAUUCAGAUCUACCAGCAGCUCAUUAAAAUCUCCGAGGGCCUGUUGCAGCCGAUGAUAGUGUCUGCCAUGUUGGAGAACGAGAGCAUUCAGGGUCUGUCUGGGGUGAAGCCCACGGGCUACCGGAAGCGCACCUCCAGCCUGGCGGAUGGAGAUAACUCCUACUGCCUGGGAGCCGUCAUCCGCCAGAUGAAUUCCUUCCACACAGUCAUGUGCGACCAGGGCCUGGACCCCGAGAUCAUCCUGCAGGUGUUCAAACAGCUCUUCUACAUGAUCAACGCGGUGACGCUCAACAACCUGCUUCUGAGGAAGGACGUCUGCUCCUGGAGCACAGGCAUGCAGCUCAGGUACAAUAUAAGUCAGCUGGAGGAGUGGCUUCGGGGAAGAAACCUGCACCAGAGGGAAGUUGCUGAGACCAUGGAACCUCUGAUCCAAGCAGCCCAGCUCCUGCAGUUAAAGAAGAAAAGCCCCGAAGAUGCAGAGGCCAUCUGUUCCCUGUGCACCGCCCUCAGCACCCAGCAGAUUGUCAAAAUUUUGAACCUUUAUACUCCCCUGAACGAAUUUGAAGAACGGGUAACAGUGGCCUUUAUACGAACAAUCCAGGCACAACUGCAAGAGCGGAAUGACCCUCAGCACCUGCUGUUAGACUUCAAGCACACGUUUCCCGUUUUGUUCCCAUUUAAUCCAUCUUCUCUGACCAUGGACUCAAUCCACAUUCCAGCGUGUCUCAAUCUGGAGUUCCUCAAUGAAGUCUGAAAACGCAUGUGCCAAAGCUCGAUUGCCAGAAGGAAGUAUACAGUACAGUAAAGUGAAUUUAAGGAUCUGUUAAAUCUAUAAAAGUAGAUCAGAUCAGAGGUUGAGAACCUGUGCAGAGUGAACUAUACAGAAUAAGACACAUCUGUUAUUUUAUUUUGUACCUACUGCUCAGAAUAAAAACACUUGAAAUAUGGAAGAUUUUUUUAAAGUAUGAUUUCGGUCUAAACAAAUAUACAUCAUGAUCUACAGCCACCAAGCAGUCCCCAUGGGCCAUAUAAAAGAUGCCAGUCUAUAAAAUGGAAACUGCCUAGUUUUGAUCUUUGCACAUAGCUGGAGAAUGCCCAAAGUAAAAUGAUAUUAAACAUAUGUAAGUCACAUAAACUGCCUUCAGAGGACUUUUAACAAAUAAUGGUACUAAUAACCAUGACACUGUCAUAUAGUGUGACAUUUCCCCCCGUCAACAAACCGUAGGUGUGGAUGGGUUUAUGGGGAGAUGUCUUGAGGACAAAUAUACAGACCUGGGCCUUCUGAGAAGUUUCCCAAAGAUAUUUUUUAAUGCCUGGUGAUGCAGAGACAAUGGUGUAAUUGACCUCCAGACUAAAAGUUUGAUUAUUGGUUUCUGAAAUAAAAUUAGAAGACUCAGUCCCUAACGUACUCAAACCCACUUGUGUAGUCAUGAAUUUACGGAAGAAUUACGCUAAAAAUGCUGCAGUCCCAAACGAAAAAUGUGAGCAAACAGAAAGAUAUUCUUUACGUUUCCGAUGCUAAUCCAUGCACUUCCUGAGUCAACAAAACUUUCACAAAAGUCUGUGUAAGCUAAAUGUUAGAAAAGAAUAACAAGUCUUAUUUACAGAUUAAAAACCAAACAAGUCAGGAUAAAAGCCUUUAAUCCCUUAUUGCCAUUAUACCUCCAAAAAGAACAUUACAUAAUGCGCUAGCAAUUCCAGAUAACUAAAAGAGUAAGGAAAACAAACUUCAUCUUGAGGAUCAGACUAUUUGAAAAGCCUUUUUUAAAAAUCAGUUCAGGUAUUAUUAAAUUAUUAUCCAAAACUUUUGGGUGUUUGUGGGUGUGUGUGUUCUUUUUAAAGGGAGAGAAGCUUAUGUCAACUUUCCCUUUUCAGGUUAUUUUCAACACUUUUCAAAUUUACCACAAAAAACUGUAAAUAUCUCUGCUUUGAAAUAAGGGUUUAAAGAAGUUUCAAUGAUAAUAUUACAAUGAAUUUUACAAUGAAUUGUAAAGAAUAAAGAAUAUUCAAUGGGUUUAUGGGGAAAUUUAAAGAAUAUUCAAUGAUAAUAUUACAAUGAAUUUAUUUGUUUGCUACUUUUAUAAUUUUUUGUCUCUUCAAAAGCAAGCAUUCAAUUAGAAAAUCCUACAUGUUGUUUACAGUCUUCUACUAUUUUUUUCAUAUUUCUGGUAGAUAACAGUAUGCUGCUCCCAUGACAGGAACAGAUGGUGUUUGCAAAUCAUAGAAGAGCCUCUAUGUUGCAUCAAGAAGAAAAAAUUUCUCCACAGAGUACAAGUAGAGCCCCCACACCCCGCCACCUUCUCUUACUCAGCCUCUCAGCUUAAAAGGCUCUUGGAAACACAACACACUCCGAGCCCUAAACAAUCCUGUGCGCGGAGCUCUCCUCGCCCGCUGGGCAGGACGAGGCACAGCCCCCGGGCGAAGACCGCUGCCCAGCACGUCCCAACCCAAGUUGUCGGCAUGAUCCCCUCGACCUCCACGUUGCACGUCCCGGCUUCUCUUAGGUGUCCACGCAGAGCUGUGCCUUUCCCUUCCUUCCCAGCUAGAGUUACAUGAUAUGACAUCCCUGACCACACCCUUCAACAACCCACAUGCUGACUAGCUUUGGAAGGCCAUUCUAAACCAGUUGAGUCCGUGGUUGCCUCUUUUUAAAGUUGUUUAUUAUGUGUAACUUGCUUUUUACUGCACUUUAGUUUAAAACUUGGCUUCAUGUAAGGCCUGUUCUUAAUCUUCGAGAACCAAAAAUGCCUUGUUAGAGUGCUAAGGAGUGUAAAAAGCAGUGAUUCCAUAAAUGCAAUGGCUUCCUGUCCUACGUGCUGUCUUACACCCUCAUCCUCUCCAUCCCUCUGGGUUACUCCCUCUGCUGUCACUGGUUAAUCACUGGGUGCCAAGGACUCACUGAAUAAACGCUUGGCACGUAGAAUAAAUGGGGUGGGGGAACCUCGUGAAUAGUCCUCUACUUAGCCUAAGAAAUGCAGGUUUAGUUCUCCUCUUCCGAAGGUAAAGGUAUUUCACUGGAGCUGUACUUGAUCUAUAUAUACUUAAAAAACAAGUACUCUUUUAUAGACACCAGGAAUAAAGGAAUACAGUAAUCAGUUACUUAAUGUUUAGAUCUGCCCUAUUUAAUGUAACACUUGGCAACUGGAAGAAGCAUCUUUAAUAUGUUAGCAUUUUUCUUCCUUGCAUUUUUUUUAAAGUCAGUUCAAUUCAUUUUCCAACUUCGUGAAAUCAAUAAUGACUUAAUUUAAAUAACUUAAUUCAACGUAAAGUUUUGAAUUCUAAACCAAAUAUCUGUCUUUAUAUUUUAAUAUUUUAAAUUUAGUUGUCACUUUUCUCACUAUGUGCCUUUAGCAGUUACUAAGGUAACUGACAUCAAUUCUCUGAAAUAAGUGUUUCUGUGGGAGGAAUUUUCAUGUUCAGCAUAACGUCCUGGUGGUGUUUUGAUCUGUCUUUUGAAACAUGAGAAGCAUUUUAAAGAUUACUUAAGAAUCAAAUACUUAGAUUAAACAAUUUGUAUUUUAAGUAUUAUAUGGGACCUAUCUGUCUACCUAGAGUAAUGUGUGUUCGUUGCGAGGCUGACAAGCGUAUCACCUACAUGCAUAUCACCUACAUUCUCCCUGUGCCAUCACAGCUGCAGUUAGACUUAUGGUACCCAGCAAGCAGAUCAGACCCAAAGGAAAAUAGGCUUUUCCCCCCUUUUUAUGAAGCAUAUCAAUACGACUUUCUUCCCUUUCCUGUACUAAAUUUUAAAGCUUUUGUAAAAACAAAACAAAACAGACAAAACGAGGAACUUGGAAAACUUAAAAAAAAUUAACACUGCUACCAUCAGUUCAUCAAAUAUUUACUUAGAGCUUCACUUAAUGCAUUAAGAUUAUAGUAACAAAUGCAUUAGAAUCCAUUUCUUUUACAUACAGUAAAUCUGUUUUCAUUCAUUUUGAGGCGCCAAGGGCAUCCUAAGUUGAAGCACUUGUAUAAUGCCCAAUGACUCAACAGUUACUAAAGUAUGACAGCAUGGGGCAGGACACUGUAGACUGUCCUCAUAGUAUAUUUCUCUGCAGUUUCUCAAAUUAUUUGCUGCAUGACCCAAAUAGCCAUAAUUCACUUUUUGUACACAUCGGUACCAUAGAGAGUUGGGAAGUAUAGGAAAUUAGAGGUGGAUGCCAAUACCAUAGGACUUUUUCUUAUUAUAAAGGUCAUUAGAUAGAUACUCAAGAUUGCUUUUCCUGAAAAAAUUUCUAAUUUUAAUAAAGGGGGUCAAUCAAAAAUGAAUUUAAACUACUUUCUAAAGUGAUACCGUAUCAGAAUAAUCCAGAUUUGACUAUAACAUUUUGCUCCCAACUGAUGUUUGGAUGAAGGACUUCUUCACUGAAGGGGAUCCCAUCAUAUUCAUGGGUGAAUCUAACAAUGGAGAAGAAAUACUACUAAUAAAAAUAUUUUUCCACUUUGACCAAAUCUGUAAACUACACCUUUGUUUAUAAAAAUUGCUUGUAUUAGUUACUGUAAUAUUCAGCUGUGAAUAAAAA